UUUAGGUAUACCCAGAGAGAACCAUCUCUCCCAAAGACACUGCUGAAAACACCAGUAGGGCACCUGCUUCGAUAUUUCCCACAAUGCCCUUGUGGAGACUUGACUCCUAUCGAGAGAUCGAGCUGGUUCGGGAAAUUGAACAAUUAGGAAGUUUGGGAGAGACUCACAGCUGAUGGCUUGGAUUGUGCUUGUGUUUCGAGGAAGCAUUCACUAAUCUUGGGAUCCGUUGGGAGUAUGCUCUUGUAAUUCUCAUUUGGUUCGCAAACGCAGUUCGGGACUUCUUUAGUGUAUGCACUCUGUUAUGCACUACCCAUCAUUGCUUGAGAUUUACUACCAGUAUAUCGUGGUCCAGUCCAAAGAGAAUUUUCAUUACAUUUUCAAACUUUGUGGUUACCAGGAAGAUAUAUGUCUGGAUGGACUACAGAGAAUUUUCUUCAGAUUUUGAUUGUUUGUGUUGAACAGCACCGUAUUGCCACUGCCAUCUAGUCAGUUUACUUGAACAAUACAUAUCCAGGAAUGGUUAAUUAUGAAUAUAGUCAUCUUCCAUAGUACAGCAAUGUUUUUUUUUCUUCAGUUAAGAAGCAAGCCCCUCCAAGAAAAUUGGUUUCAGGAUUGUGAGAGAAUGAUUUGCCAUUGAGCAGAAUUGGGCAUAAUCAAUGUUUUUCUUUUCUUCAGUUUUAGCGUAUUAAUGAUAUUUUGUGUUUAUGGCACUUGCAGACAAUUAAGCAAGUGGAAAAAAUGUUGACUGUUUGCAAGUAAAAAUCAUGGAAGUGACUUUAAUAGAAGCACAUUGUUCACCUUUAUUAGCUGAACCGUAGUGCCUGUUUGGGGUCUGCCAGCUUUUGUAAGGUUUUAGCACUUGGAACAUUGCCAUUUUACUUUUGUGCCUUCGGUAAACUACAAUUCAUUCUUUUCCCCUUUAUAAUUAUAAAUAAACGGCCUUACCUUUGAUUGCACAUGGCCUUGAACAGACAGUGUAAUGCAACACAGAGCUUGACAAAAUUUUCUAUUAGAAUCGUAUCACCAAACAAUGCUCUUUUUAGGGGUCUCAACAUUUUGAAGGCAGUUUAGCAUUUGCUAGAAUGCUGUACUUCCUACAGUAAGACAAGAUACUUUAUAUACGCUAUUAGUGGAUUUUUAUCAGAUGCAUCCUUGAUAAAUGCCACUGGAUUUCAAGGUUUCUAUCAUUCAUUAAAGAAGGAUCUUCUGCAAGAAAAGUACAUGAAUAUAUUUUCCUAAAUGUGACUGAAGUGCCAGGUUAUUAUCGAGGAUGUGAUCGUCGCAAAUAUAAAAUGAAUGUUUGUGGUAGGCAUGGCCAACUGCAGACAGUUUUUAGAGCAGUAAGUCAGAGAAGUUCUGAUGACAAUUCAAGCACUGGAUACAAUAAGUCUUCUAGUUGUGAAUGAGAUUUCCUUUGAGUCUUUUAAGUGGUGAUUGAUGCUUAGUUUUUUUUCAGAGGAUCUAAAGUGGAGAAUACAUGUAGAAUAGAAAACAAUUGCAGACUUCGGAAACUGUUUGGCAUCUCCGUUUGUUCAAUGAUGAAGACACAUAUAUAUAAAAUGCCUUUUAGGAAACAUCUGUCAAUAAAAAUUGUAUGAAUGCUUUGCGUUUGCAUAAUUGGAUAUCAUGCAACUUAUUUCUUGACAAGUGACCUGAUCGAAAUUCAAGAUUGAAAACUGAAUAAUCAGAGGCAUUUUGACAUUUAUUUGGUGGAAAGGAUUGUCUACAAUGCCAAGUGACAUAGUAUCCUUCUCAUUUGAUGGAUGUGCUCAUGACAUCCUCCUUCGAGAUGUCAUGCACUGCGGGUUCCUCUACAAGAAGGCCCAGGAUCGUAAGGUGGACGUUCUGGGAGAGGUCGGAGAGCAGGUGGGUAGGGUUCUAGGGUUCCAGGACCGGUCUAGGAGGUGGCAACUACGCUACGUCAUCAUAUAUCAGCACUAUGUAUUGUACUUCAGGGACGACAAGGCUAAGAAGCCGCAAGGGGUCUUCUCCCUUACGGGCUACAACAGGGUAAUGCGUGAUGAGGCGGUGUCAGACGAGCGAAAGUGGUCUUUCAAGAUCAUUGGAUUAAGGUCAGACUCAAGGACAUGGUACUUCAAUGCGGCAUCAGAAAAAGAAAUGAAGCUAUGGAUGGCCUAUUUCAAAGUUGCUAUGGAACAAGCAAUCCACGGAAAGGCUCGAGAAAAGUCAUUGAAAAUCCUUCAGGAUCUGAAAUACAAGAACAGCCACCGGGACACGCUCUUUGAGGACGAGUCCCGGCACUCGGGGUCAAGCAGCGGGGGGUCAACCAGUGGGUCAAAUGACCCCUUGGUCUACGAGGAUAUUGAGAUGCCCCUUUAUGAUGACACGGCUAGUCCUACCAGUCCUAACUCACCGCUCCAUCGGCCCCUCCCAUCGUUACCGCCAUGUAUUGAUGAAUUUGAUGCAAGUCCAAGACGGUCGUCAGCCGGUGCUAGGUCAGGCAUUCAAAGACCCGAUCAACUCUCUUCAAGGUCAACCAUGGAUCCUGAUCAGGGAGUAGGUCUAGGAGCAAGAACUCAUUCAGAUCCCACAAAGCAGCAAAAUGACCACUCUUCGUCAUCCUCCUCCUCCUCAUCAUCGUCAUGUUCAUCAUCUGGUUCGAUCAGGGGAUCGUCCAUGCCGGGAAGCAGGCAUAAGAUCAGCUCGAACUCUGCUCCAGGAUCACCAAGCAGUCGACCUCGCUGUCCAGAACCGCUUAAAAUCCCACACUUUGAUGAAGAUUAUAUCACCCCAGAGAUGGAUGCUCAGUCACCGAGCAGACCUCUUCCACCCACCCCUGGAACACCCAAGAUGGGUCAGAUGAUCAUACCGAUAGGAAAGAGCCUUCAACAGGAAAUAGAGAAUAGGAAGAGGAGAGAACCCAGUAGUAAGAGACUGACCACCAGGCAGCCAUCAAUCGAUGAGGGACUGGAAGAAGACAAGCCAACAUUGAGGAGAGGACCAGAGGGUAAUAGUUUCAGGAAACCGAUCACAGAAAGACCACAUUUUCCUGAGCCAGUAGUAAAGCCAUUAGUAUCAGCCAAACCUUCAGAUGCAAACAAGCCAGCUACAAGACCAAAGCCAAAAAUUACACCCAAACCACAGGUUAAGCCCAAGCCAUCAGGUGGUCCAGCUACCGUGUCGCUACUUCCUGAUGCAGCAUCCAUCCAAUCCUCAGACAAGGUCUAUACAGAAGGUCUUUUACGGAAGUAUCGAUGUGAUGGUAUGUACCUUGUCCGGCUAGGCUCUGAGCAAGGCCAGGUCCUUAUGGUAUGGGACAGCCAGAACUCUAGAUGCAAACAUUAUAAGAUAUUUCAAGAUCAGGAUUCAAAUCUCCACUUGGACCAUGUACCAAAGUUUGACAACAUCCUCAGGUUAUUAGAACAUUACAAGACCAAUGCAUUACCAAACAGCAAUUUAUAUCUUCAGAAGGCAUUCAGUGGUUGAGAGAAAACCAGCUGAACCACUGACAACCAAAAUAGCCUGAGCUUAGAUUCUUGGAUGAUCAUAAUAUUCUACCAACCGAAACACCAGCAAUCAGAGCAGUUUGAAGCUUGGAUUCUGUGGUGAUGAUAAUGAUGACAGACAUCUGUUCCUAUGGCAACAGAUGCUUGUUUCCUAUGACAUCGAUGACUUAGCUUAUGGAAUGGUAGCGUGCAUGGACUCUCCGACAUUAUCAUCAUGUGAUUACCAUAUGUUCUCAUGACAACAGAUGCUCAUGACCGAUGACACCGAUGAUAUAGCUUGCGGAAUGGUAGAGUCUGAUGAUGCAAUGUAAGGCUUGAAUUCUGAAAUGACCACAAUAGUCAUCCCAUCAUGUGAUUAACAUCCAUUUCCAUGACAACAGACGCUUAUGAUUGAUUACAUCUAAGACAUAGCUUGCAGAUCGAAUGAAUGGUGCAAGACACAGACCCUGUGCAAUGAUGUAUUUCAGAGAACCUUGUCCUGAUGCAAGAUCAACCUGAAAGCGUGUUGAUAAUCUUUACGGCAGCGUGGUUCAUGACUAAAACCAGGGAUGCAACAAGCCAAAUUAUUUAAAUUAUUUAAACUGAUGAUGAUGUUUAAAGUAGUGACAUUCUUGACAUCAACGAACAGUAAUACAUACUCUUCAAGUUACUUGAUUGAGAAUAUCAUGAGCUCUGCUCAUUUCUCAAGACAUUUUAAUAGACAUUCUUGUUCGUCAUCGAGUGUACAGAGAGUCUUUUACCUACUAUGCGCUAUACAAAUUUCAAAUAUUAUUAUCUGAGAGUGAUGCACCAUCUGGUGUAGAUGUCAUACCUCAAUCUUGACAUGUGGUCUAAAUAAAAAGCAUACAAGGUGACUUUAUGUAAUGCAGGAUGUGAUAUGGAUGGCAGAAUUCAGUUAUGGAGGAAUGUAAAGAAGUGGGAAUCGGUGUAGGGACCCGAUGAGCUCACUAGCUGUUUGGUUAUCAUCAGGGUAUAGGAUUUAGUUUUGAAACAGGUGGUUCAGACUCUCAUUGGAGUAAAUCCAUGAGGUCAUGCAAUUCAAGUGGGGGAUGAAAUAAUAGUUCAUCCUUCUCCUCCCUGAACAAUAGAUUUACUCUUUGAUUAACGCAUGGAUCUUUACGCCAGUGGCGCUAGUUUGGAAACGGGUGGUUCAUUCUUGUUGAAGUUCGUUAGUAUGAGAAUGGAUGGUUCAUACUAUUGUUAAAGUGCCGUAGUAUGGAAAUGGUGGUUAAGACUCUUGUUAAUGUGCCUAAUUAUGAAGACGGACUUUUCAAACUCUUGUUAAAGUGUCCUAAUAUUGAAACGGGUGGUUCAGACUCUUGUGGAAGUGCCGUAGUAAGAGAUCGGGUGAUUCAGACUCUUUUUUAAGUGCCUUAGUAUGGAAACAGGGGUUUUGACUCUUGUUGAAGUACCUCAGUAUGACAAACUGGGUCCCGUAACACAAAGGUUAGCGAUUGAUCGUACGCUUGAUUUUGACAAUUGAUUGUACAUUGUAGUCAAUGGAAUCAUUUGUAGAAAAAUGUUCUAUGAUCAUUGCUAAGUUGUUUCCUUCUGAGAAGCAUUAUGGGUCAAAGUAGCCUUAUGUGUACUUAACUUCUAGCAGACUGAACAAAAUUGUGAUUUUCCAUCUAAAUGCUUAUUAAAGGCUGAAUCAAUCUUUAGAAAUAAAAGUUAUGUGAUAAUGCAAUUAUGAAUUUUGGUAUAUGAACUGCCAAUCUACGAUUUUAAAAAAUAUUUGUGUAUUUAAAUGAAACUGCUUUAAUAGGCAUUGUUUGUAUCUGUGUGUGUGUAUAUUUUGUAAAAUAAUCCAUCUUAUUUGUAUAUAAUACUGUAGCAGUUGUUGAAAUUAUAUAAGCUGUGUUACCAUGGCAACUUAUAGAUAUGUAUACAGAGCAACAUGAUUAAAUAGCUGUGAAUAUUGAGUCAUAUCAUUCCAAAUUAUAAAUAUAUACAUAAGAAAUGAAAAAUAUAUACACAGAAAUUAACUAUUUUUGUACAAAAUUGUUGGUAAAUGACUUGCAAAUACACAACCUGUGGUAUGUAAUGUGUUUGUGCAUGCAUAAUAGUGUUUAGCCAAAUUGAAGGGUAUUUUAAAGCAGAAAUGUAUUUUUUCAUUCAUUUUUUAGGUCUCAUGUUAAUGCAUAUAUGAUUAGUUGUUUCUGUUAGCUAGAUGUGUAUUUUCAAAUUAAAGAAAACUGGGAAAGAAAGGGAGAGAGAGAGAGAAAAGAGCCAGUUGGAGAAGAAGAGGGUAUGCAAUUUAUUAUCGUGUGCGUGUGUGUGUGUGUGUGUGUGUUAGAGAGAGAGAGAGAGAGAGAGAGAGAGAUGCUAGAGCCACAACAGCAAAACCUGAAGGAGGAUUAAAGAUAAAUUCCAGUUUUGGUAACGAUCUCAAAAUGACUUUUUACAGAAUCUAAUAUAAUGACCACCCA